AUGAGGCAAACUCUGUCUUUGCUGGCCUUUACGGCCAGCCUCUUGCCCUUUCUCUUGUUCACUCGAACGACAACAGCUACACCAGCUCCAAGGCAGCUUGUAAAAUGCAACCGAGCUGUACAAGACGUGUGCAGGAAAGAAGACCGGACGUAUAGCUCCGAGAUGCCAAAAGCUGGAAGCUACAUGCCAUGGGCACUGAUUCUCCUCCGUGAGAUUGGUUUCCCAGCGAAGCAAUAUAUCACCAUUGUCAAUCUCACCCCUCACCGGUUCGUCCUUGACCGGAGCCGCACGCACUCGUAUCAGAUGGACGCUUUUGACUGGGAUGAUAUCCCCCAAGGUCGUGCUCGUCAAAAUACAGCAGAAUACACGAAGAAUCUCGGCAAGAACCCAGUGGACGAUGGCGGCGAGGUGUACUACACGAUUCAAGGGACAAGUAAAAGGUUUGAGAUUCGCGCAAGAACUCACAUUCCAGACUCGUAUCCCCGCCGUACCAUCAUUGACUUGUCUGGCAUGGGCCUCGGUCAACGGGAGUACUUGGACCCUGGCAAGGAGACGGCAGUUACCCUGGUUAUCACUGGAAGUGACUCGUACGGUUUUACCGCUUCUCUGCGUCAUGGUCGGGGCAACUGGAUGAAGGGAAUAUACAACGUCAUCAAAGACAGACAGAUGCAGCACAUUGUGAUGCCUGCCACGCACGAUUCGGGAAUGAGCCGGAUCAGCGGCAAAAUUGGCUCCAUUGGCACCGAAGCCAACACACAGACACAGGGCCUCAACAUUUACAAUCAGCUACGCGCUGGUGCCAGGUUGUUCGAUCUUCGGGUCGGCAGCGUCCACGAGGUGGCUAACCAGAGCUCGUACAGCUUUUGGACCAUGCACGUCAACGACGAGCUGGCAGAGGUAGUUGUUGGCAACACGGGAGAGUCGCUUGACGAUGUUGUCAAGGAGAUCAACCAGUUCACAGCCGAGUACCCCGGCGAAGUCGUGUUUUUCCGAGUCCGAUACUUGAAUGGCAUUCUCGACAUCCCCACAGCAGGGCCAAUCUACUGGAGCCCCGAGAUGGUCAACAACUUUUUCAGCAAGCUCAAGGGCAUCAACAACCGUUGCGGAAACCUCGAUCUCAACAUCAAGUUCAACCGGCAGAAGGCGUCGUAUUUUAUGGAUCAAAAUGGCGGCAAGGGCUGCGUUCUCUUUCUUCUGAACGGCAACCUGAAACCAGACGUGCCUCAAGACUCUGCAUCAGACGGAAUUUACAGACACUCCAUGAUGGACGUAUGGGACAACUGGUCGAACUUGCCCGACACGGCAAAGAUGGCAAACGACCAGGCGGCCGAUUGGAAAACGGUCAGCAGAAGCGGCGACUUCAAAAACGACCAGUUUCUCAUCAGCCAGUGGCUAGUCAGCGCGGAUGCCAUCACCACGACGGCCCUGAGCAUCCAGAACAUUGCUAUCCUUCCUACCAAUCCGGCCCUCUACUGGAUGGGCGUCAACAACAUGAGCCCAGAGGCCUGGCCAAACGCCGUCCUGAUCGACCACCUGGGCGUAGUGGUCGCGGGUCAGUGGAACUGGGACCAGCUCAGCGCCGAGAUGUACACCUUCGCAAUCGGCAUGAACCUGUACAUGGUUAGCGAAAACUGCGACAUCAACCGGAGACGGUCCCCCCUUCUCCCUGGGGCCAGCUCAGCCGUCAAGACUGUGAACGCCGGCCAGCUGGCCUCGGCGUGGAACGGCAUCAUCUACGCAGACGGUACAGUUGACAAUAGUCCUGCGCCGAACCUGCAUCCCGGCCGUGCCCGAGUUCUGAAGAAGGGGACCGAGUUCCUCAACGGCACAGUAUUACAGAAUGAUGUGGAGAAUCGAGCGUUUCUAUUCUAG